GCUUGUCAUCGGCCCAUCUCCGGCACAGCUGUUUUUAGGGGUAGACCCUUUUAAGAGACGUCAUUCCCAUUUUCAUCUGAAAAUAUCUAUUUUCAAGGCUGGAUUGAACACCAACCAGACACUUAGUCCCAUCAUGGCUCUGCUCAAGUCGCUCCUACUUACAGCGCUCAGCGCAUCUACUCUCAUCGCCACGAGUACAUCGAACACUGAAGAUGACAGCCACAGGCCCAUUGAUCUCAACAACUAUGUCUGCGAACACCCGCCAUACAAAGUGCUCAUGGUUUCAAAGUCGCCAUUGGUCAUCUACAUAAAAGACUUCAUCACUCCGCCAGAACGUGCUCACCUGUUGAAUCUGACUGAAAAAACCUUCACCCGUUCCGGUGUGACGAGGGGCAACUCCAAAAGCCAUCUCUCCGUCCGGACAUCACAAAGCACCACUGCACCCCGCGAUGCGGUAGUGAGAUGCAUUGAAUCCCGAGCCCUCGCCUUCCAGGGCUACGACACACCCGAGACACACUUGGAACCCCUCCAGCUGGUCAAAUACGGCCCAUCAGAACGCUACCACUUUCACACCGACUGGUUCACAUCCUCUUUCCAUACCCAAGGUCUCGGAGGAAACAGGGUCAGCUCUUUCUUCGCCUAUGUUCAUGUCGCCAACGAUACCAUGGGUGGCGGAACCAACUUCCCAAGGUUAGACGCCCCUGCGAACGACAAGUGGUGCCAGGAGGGGAUCGUAGACUGCGAUGAGGAGUGGGAGAACGGGGUGACGUUCCGGCCUGUUGAGGGCAAUGCCAUUUACUGGGAGAAUCUGCUGCCUGAUGGGCGGGGUGAUGAGAGGACUCUCCAUGCUGGGCUGCCUGUGCUUUCGGGAGGAAAGGUGGGAAUGAAUAUUUGGACGAGACAAGAGCCUUUACCUGAGGGAAUAAAGGGUGCUGAUUUGUGA